CACUCCAGCCUCCGAGUCCAACCGGGGCCGUACACUCCACUUUGACCCCACCGGUCAAUCGCCUCACCCCCACCUCCUCGAUGCAGCCCGCCGCCUCCCAUGUGACCUCCACCCUCCGCCGCCGCCUCCUCUCCGCCUCCCGCCGGCCUCCCUGCCUCGCCCCUCCGACCUCCCCGCCCGUCUACUGCGGAGCCGUGACGGAGGAGAGGCACCCAUGGAGCUCGCCGGCGACGACCUCGAGCUGCUCCCCCACCGCCCCGCCGCCGGCUGCUGCUCCCGCCCCCCGCCCCCUCUCCGCUCCCGUCGCCGGGAAAUGGCCGCACCGCCAGCUCCACCGCCUCAACGUCCCCGACCACCAGGUUGAUGCUAUGAGGGUAGGACUCCGAAGUCUGACCAGCACUUCCGCUUCAACCAGAGUCACCUACGGCCAUAGGUGCUCCAAUGCAUAUUCGACUUGUUGCGCCACAAAGCCAGAAGUGCUACCAGUGGAAACACCGGCAUCGGAUAUGCUUGUCGAUUCAUUCGGGAGGUUUCACAAUUACUUGAGGAUCUCCUUGACUGAGCGUUGUAACCUGAGAUGUCAGUACUGCAUGCCUGCCGAGGGAGUCGAGCUCACGCCAAAGUCAGAGCUUCUGUCACAUGACGAGAUAAUCCGAAUUGCCAAUCUUUUUGUUACUUCUGGUGUGGACAAGAUCAGGUUAACUGGUGGAGAACCAACCGUUAGAAAAGACCUUGAAGAUAUUUGCUUGCAUCUUUCUGGCCUCAAGGGGCUGAAAACUAUUGCGAUGACCACAAAUGGCAUUGUUCUUUCCAAGAAGCUCCCGAGACUGAAAGAAUGUGGUCUUAACGCUUUAAAUAUUAGCUUGGACACAUUGAUUCCUGCAAAGUUCGAAUUCAUGACGAGGCGGAAAGGGCACUCAAAGGUCAUGGAAUCAAUAGAUACUGCCAUACAACUUGGAUAUGACCCCGUCAAGAUUAACUGUGUUAUCAUGCGUGGAACGAAUGAUGAUGAAAUCUGCGAUUUUGUUGAAUUGACUAGACACAAGCCUAUUAAUGUUCGAUUUAUUGAGUUUAUGCCAUUUGAUGGUAAUGUUUGGAAUGUCAAGAAGCUGGUCCCUUAUGCAGAGAUACUGGAUAAAGUGCGUCAACGUUUCAAAGGUGUAGAGAGACUUCAAGAUCAUCCUUCAGACACCGCAAAGAAUUUCAAGAUUGAUGGGCAUGUUGGAACAAUUUCAUUUAUUACAUCAAUGACAGAGCAUUUUUGUGCUGGUUGCAAUAGAUUGCGAUUAUUGGCUGAUGGCAACUUUAAAGUGUGCUUAUUUGGCCCCUCAGAGGUGAGCUUGAGAGAGCCUAUUCAUUCUGGUAUUGAUGAUGCUGGACUGAAGGAAAUAAUUAGUGCUGCGGUUAAAAGGAAAAAAGCUAAACAUGCCGGGAUGUUUGAUAUUGCGAAGACAGCAAAUAGACCUAUGAUACAUAUCGGUGGCUGAGGAUCAACGGCUGAGUUCCUUCUUCCCUGCGUGACAGCUAAGAUAAAUUGUUAGCUGGCUGUUGUUUUCUGACAAAGGUUGCACAGUUUAGCUCCAGAAAGGGGCAACUCAAAGGCAAUAUAGUUGUUAAAAUAUAGUACUAUACUUGUGAAAGAGCAUUUCAGAACCUCACACUGUUCAGACUUCACAUGUUUGUACUUUUCACUGUAUACGACAAAACAAACUGUUAAUGUUGUAUAUUGUAUCCUCUCAAAUGCCAGUGUUGUAAAGUUGUACACAAUUCCUUUUUUAAUCUAUUACUACUGUGA